AUCUGACCCGAAGAACUCAAAACUCAAGAACAGUAGCAGUAACAUAACCACACAAAAGCAAGAAUUCAGUCCAAAGCGAGAGAUGGUGGAGUUACGGCAUUCGAGCUCGAUGGGAACCCGUGCAUCGUCGUCUCCGAUGAAGCGCGAAGAAGACACAACACCUCUGGUACUUAAAAACCAGGCGGACGAUGACGAGGACGACCAUGAUCGUCACUCCAGAGAUCGAGACAGACCAUUCUGUCUCGGUCUUCAAUCUCUCUUUCCGUAUUUUAGUGAUGAAACGAGGGUUUCUCUGCAACACUCCAAGAUCUCACUUGCGGUGCUCCCAUUAAUUCUCAUUGCUGGAUUGAUCUCCAUCCCUUCCAUCUGGAACCGAUUGAAUGCUCCAUAUUUGUGUAGAAAAGAUGGUAUCGUCCUCCACUGCCCACGUGUAAAAGAGGCACCUUCACUUUGGGAGAAUCCUUAUUCAGCCACCACCUCCUGGAAACCAUGUGCCGAGCGACGUGAUGGUGGAAUCUCAGAUCUUCCUCCAGAGAAUGAAACAACUGGUUAUAUUUUUAUCCAUGCAGAAGGUGGUCUAAAUCAGCAAAGAAUUGCGAUAUGUAAUGCUGUGGCUGUGGCUAAAAUUAUGAAUGCCACCCUUAUUUUGCCAUUGCUAAAGCAGGACCAGAUCUGGAAAGAUCAAACGAAAUUUGAGGACAUCUUUGAUGUAGAUCAUUUCAUUGACUAUUUAAAGGAUGACGUUCGAAUUGUUCGUGACAUCCCGGAUUGGUUUCCUGACAAAUCAGAGUUAUUCACAAGUAUAAGGCGUACAGUUAAAAACAUACCAAAAUAUGCCUCAGCACAAUUCUAUAUUGAUAAUGUUCUGCCCCGGAUUAAGGAGAAGAAGAUAAUGGCUCUAAAACCUUUUGUUGAUCGGCUUGGGUAUGAUAAUGUUCCACCAGAGAUCAACAGGCUAAGGUGCAGAGUAAAUUAUCAUGCUUUGAAGUUCCUACCAGAGAUUGAGCAGAUGGCUGAUCAAUUGGCCUCAAGAAUGAGAAACCGUACAGGCAGUUCAAAUCCUUACAUGGCCCUUCAUUUGAGGUUUGAGAAGGGGAUGGUAGGUCUAUCCUUCUGUGAUUUUGUUGGAACAAGAGAGGAAAAGGCUAGGAUGGCAGAAUAUAGAAAGAAAGAAUGGCCUCGACGGUACAAGAAUGGAUCCCAUCUUUGGCAGUUGGCACUGCAGAAACGGAAGGAAGGCCGAUGCCCUCUUGAACCUGGGGAAGUGGCAGUUAUUCUUCGAGCCAUGGGCUACCCCAAAGAAACACAAAUAUAUGUUGCUUCUGGACAGGUCUAUGGUGGACAGAACCGGAUGGCACCACUCAGGCACAUGUUCCCGAAUCUGGUCACCAAAGAAGAAUUGGCAAGCAAAGAGGAAUUGGAUGGUUUCAGAAAGCAUGUGACAAGCCUGGCAGCCCUCGACUUCUUGGUCUGCUUGAAGUCAGACGUGUUUGUGAUGACCCAUGGAGGCAACUUUGCAAAGCUGAUAAUUGGGGCUCGCAGGUACAUGGGGCACAGGCUGAAGUCCAUCAAACCAGAUAAGGGGCUCAUGUCCAAAUCUUUUGGGGACCCCUACAUGGGCUGGGCCACUUUUGUGGAGGAUGUGAUUAUCACCCACCAGACACGUACGGGAUUGCCUGAGGAGACCUUCCCCAACUAUGACCUGUGGGAGAACCCUCUUACUCCUUGCAUGUGUAAAGCAUGAUCACAUAAAGCAUGCAAUAUUGUGGUUUCUGAGUUGAAGUUUCAGACAGUGACUUCAUUAGAGGGAAUAUUUCUUCUCCAAGAAUCACGAGGGAUGAUCGUAAAAAAUUCAAAAGUUUUGUUCCGAGCAAGAAAUCAACUAAUGUACUUGAGGCGAAAAACUGAUCAUCAUCUUUGUCUGAGACAUGGUGCCUGAGGAGCAGGUGAGGUGCCGAUUUUUUAAUGACCAUCUGAUUGUGAACAUGUUAUUACGGAUAAUUUUGUUGCUCUCUGGAAAGCACUAAAUGACUUUCUAUGUAUUAUUUUGAUGAAUGGGUAUCAUGUAUAAAAUUAGGGUAUUCAAAAAUCGAAAGCAGUUGAGGUCUCUUUCAUCCAGAGUGUCCUUGGUUUGAUCA